GGAUGGGCAAGUGCAGUGAAAACGUUUAAGAAAGUCGCACUGUGAGGUUAAACUGCAACCAGUACUCAAACUGACUGUUCGGUGCUAUUCAGAGUGAACGAGCAGUCUCUGCUAUCCUGACUUAAGGGGGCUAAGACCAUGGGAACAGAGACAGGUGAGGAGGGGCCACCCAGUUUGGAGUACAUUCAGGCCAAGGAUUUAUUCCCACGGAAAGAGCUGGUAAAGGAGGACGACGAUCUGCAGGUGCCUUUUCCAGUCCUCCAAGGAGAAGGUGUGGAAUACCUGGGCCGUGCAGAUGACGCUGUAAUCGCUAUCUCUAAUUACAGACUUCACAUUAAAUACCAAGAUUCUUUAAUCAAUACGUUUCUGCAGGGUGUGGACAGUGACAUCUCAGUACCGAUACGGCUUAUUGAAGCUGUUGAGAGUCGGGACAUGUUUCAAAUUCACAUUGUAUGCAAAGAUUCCAAGGUUGUCAGGUGUCAUUUUUCUACAUUUAAGCAAUGUCAAGAAUGGCUAAAGAGAUUAAAUAAAGUGAUUGCCCAACCAACAAGACUGGAGGAUUUGUUUGCCUUUGCAUAUCAUGCUUGGUGUCUAGGAAUCUGUGCUGAUGAGGAAGAUCAGCAUGUGCAUCUCUGUCAUCCUGGAGAUCAUGUUUGUCACCGCUUUGAAAUGGAAGUAGAAAGAAUGCGUUUUGAUCUACAAAAUGUCUGGAGAGUCAGUGAGGUGAACAACAAUUACAAGUUGUGUGCUAGUUAUCCCCAAAAACUGUUAGUUCCAGUGUGGAUCACGGAUAAAGAAUUGGAAAGUGUAGGGACCUUCAGAUCUUGGAAAAGGAUUCCUGUAGUCGUUUACAGGCACCUGCGGAAUGGUGCUGUGAUAUCACGUUGCAGUCAGCCUGAAAUCAGUUGGUGGGGCUGGAGGAACGCAGAUGAUGAAUAUUUGGUGACAUCCAUUGCUAAAGCCUGCAUUUUAGACCGAGGAAAACUGAGUGGAAAGAGCAGAAAUGAGGGAAAUAGUUUGUCCGACACUGACUUCGAUUCAUCCAUAUCCUCAGGAUCUGUGGCAGAGGGUGGAGGGGCCCCACAGAAAUUGCUUAUUUUGGAUGCAAGAUCAUACACUGCCGCUGUAGCCAACCGAGCAAAGGGUGGAGGUUGUGAGUGUGAAGAAUAUUAUCCAAACUGUGAAGUGAUGUUUAUGGGAAUGGCAAACAUUCACUCAAUCAGGAACAGCUUCCAUUCACUCCGAGCUGUCUGCAGUCAGAUGCCAGAUCCUGGAAAUUGGCUUUCAGCUCUGGAGAGCACCAAGUGGCUGCAACACUUAUCUGUGAUGUUGAAGGCAGCUAUACUGGUGGCAAACGUGGUGGACAGGGAAGGCAGGCCAGUCCUUGUGCACUGCUCUGAUGGAUGGGAUCGCACUCCACAGAUAGUAGCACUGGCCAAGAUUUUGCUAGACCCUUAUUAUAGGACGAUUGAGGGAUUCCAGGUUCUGGUGGAAACAGAGUGGCUAGAUUUUGGUCAUAAGUUUGGUGAUCGAUGUGGCCACUCUGAAAAUCUGGAUGACUUGAGUGAGCAGUGCCCAGUGUUUUUGCAGUGGCUGGACUGUGUUCAUCAACUUUUGAAGCAGUUCCCUUGUCUCUUUGAGUUUAGUGAUGCAUUCCUUGUAAAGCUGGUGCAACAUACAUAUUCAUGUCUGUAUGGAACAUUCCUUUGUAACAAUAGCAGAGAGCGAGAGGCACGCAACAUCUAUAAGCGCACAUGCUCAAUCUGGUCACUGUUGCGAACUGGGAAUAAAAACUUCCAGAACUACCUAUACAUCCCCAGUGGCGAAACGGUUUUACACCCAGUGUGUCACGUUCGGGCACUUCAUGUGUGGACAGCUGUGUAUCUGCCUAUUUCAUCCCCAUGUGUGCCAGCUGGCAGUGCUGAUCUCUGCCUUUCCCGAAGUGGAGCAGCAGAGGAACGAACUGGAAAGUCAUUGGACCGAUUACCGAAAGCCCGGUCUGUGGACAAUCUUCCUUUGGCUUGUGACAGUGGGACUCCAUUGACAAGAACAUCCAGUGAUCCGAACAUAAACCAACAUUGUCAGGAAGGAUGUCUCACUCUGGAGCCUAAAAACAUACCGAUGCUGGCUGUACAUGAUGGCUGCGGUGUGCUGGAUGGCCCUGAUGCACCUGAUGUUCCUGAAAGUGGGGCUGCAACACCACAUCCUGAGCAAGAAGUAGUUGGCUUAAUACAUCCAGUAGAAACAGCAGAGGAAGCUAGAGAAGAAAAUCUAUUUCAUAACUUUCCUCUCCCGAAAGAGGAGGAGGAAUUGGCCGAAAGCAGAAAUCCGAAUGAAAGGACAGAGUACCGCAGAAACCUCAAACCAUUAACUCACCCCAAAGACACUCAACAACAGGAACCUUUACAUCAUCUUAGCAUGAAUGUAAUAUCCAACAAAGAAACUGAAGAAAAAACACUAAAGGUUACUGCAAAGGAUGAAGUAACUCUGGAUAAACCAAAAGAAUGUAGGGUUUAUGAAAAUCUCCCAGGUCAUGGUGAGCCAUUUAUAUCAAACCCAUCUGCAAAGACCAUCUCGGGCACUAGUCAGUUAUCAGGAUAUGAGGGCAAUCCUGCUUUACAACCCUACCUCCACUCUGUGGCAGAUGUGCUUAAUAUCAAGGAGAAAGUUUCAACUAUGCAGAGCUCCACAGAGACUGUGACUGAGGACCGGGCAAAAGCAGAUGGUUUUUCAUUCCCCAAAGACUUGAACUUUGGGAAGAAUGGUGUCCUGCUUGCAAAUGGACUUCAAAAUGUAGCAGAACAAUGUAAGUUUGGGAGGACAGCAAUAGAGAAUGUGAGGACUACCAGAAAACACAUUUGUCAGAGUCAGUUCAGUGACUUCUCAUUAUUAGCUUCCAACUGGGAAAGUGUACAGGGUUUGGUAAAAUCCGCCUAUGGCGGAGAGACAAGUCACCGGAAAGCCAAACUGAAUGGUUGUCAUUAUAAAAGACUAAAUAAUAAGCACUUGAGACUGGGUUCUGCCAUGAGUGGGCACUACCUGCUUAAAGAAGAACAAUUAGGAGCACUUAAAAGUCUCCGACAAUCCCACCAGAUCCAUUCCAGCCUUUAUUCAUUAGGAUCAAAUGUAAAGACUUGUGGUUUUUUCACUCACUCCUCUCAAUGGAGACAACUUCAACCAGUUGGACAGGUUGCUCCCACAACUUUGGAGAUGUCACCGAGCUAUGUAGAUGAUGAUGGAUUACCAUUUCCUGUGGAUGCUGUUCAACAAAGGUUACGACAAAUUGAGGCAACUUACAAGCAGGAGGUAGAAUUACUUCGUCGACAGGUUCAUGAACUUCAGAUGCGACUAGACAGUCAGCAGUACUGUGCAUCCCCGGUGGAGCUGGAUAUUGACUACGGGGAUGACUUUACCUGCUUGAGAGAGUCAGAUGACAGUGAUAUUGAGGAAUCUCUGUCCAUUCACAGUGAUGAGCAGCGCUCAGAAGCAAGUUGGGAGCCUGUGGAUAGGAAGGAGACUGAGGUGACACGAUGGGUCCCUGACCAUAUGGCAUCGCACUGUUUUAACUGUGACUCAGAAUUCUGGUUAGCCAAAAGGAGACACCAUUGCAGGAACUGUGGGAAUGUGUUUUGUGCCAACUGCUGCCACCUGAAGCUACCCAUUCCAGAUCAACAGUUAUAUGAUCCUGUUUUGGUUUGUAUCUCCUGCUAUGAUCAGAUUCAAGCGUGCCGCACCCGGGAGAUAAUGAAUCAGCAACUGAAGAAACCCAUUGCUACCGCAUCCAGUUAAAGUGGCACUCUGCCUUCCCCAACUUGUGCCGUGAAGCUUCUGUUAUCCUGGAAACUUGACACUUGAAGGUUAGCUGGGUUCCACAAAAAAGAGCAAAUCCCAGCUGGAGAGGUGUUGAAAGAUUUUAAAGUACUGAUACGAAAAUGCUGCUACCACGAGCUUUUUGACCUGUGCACUAUGAACUUUGGGGUGGGAGGGGAAGGGUAGGAGGGGAGAGAGUAGGAAAAUAACCAAAAUGUUAAUAGAAAAGAAACAAAUUCAUCUCUAACUGAUGAGCUACUUAGAUUUGAAAAGAAAUUCUAUUCCUGUGUAAAGAGCUUCUGAGAUAUAAAAUGGAGACUAUGUGGUGACCUGUCUCUCAAUUGCUUGACCAGCCAUUACAAGAAUGAGCAGUUUCUGUGCCUCAGUAAAGAAUGUGAUAGCGGUAGAAUUGUGUAAAAUCUAUUUGUACAAUGCAAGCUAUAGGGCCUCUUAAUUCUAACUACUUUGCAACCUACAUUAGUGGUUGUAAAGAGAGUGUUUGAGGAACUGUAGGAAUUGCUUGUUUAAUUCACACAGGCAACUUAAAUUUUAUUUCUUGAAUUCUCCUGAGAUACGUAUGAUGUUGAUUCUGAAAUAUGCUUCUGAAAAACAAUUCUCUAAUUUGUUUUCACCUAAUCUUUUUAAACUUUUGAUGGAAAAUGGGAAUGUAUGUGUGUAAUCUGUAUGAUGUCGGGGAGGGGCAGGUUUGUUAGUGGGAGGAUUACACAGUAUUAUCACUCCCGUUAGCCAAGAUGUCCUCCUUCAGUUUAAAUCUUGCAAUUUUCUUUCUCUCUUCCUCCCCUUUUCCUUACCAAAAAUAAUUACGAACAGGAAAAAGCCAUUAGACCCUAAAAGCUUGUCCCUUUCUAUUUCACAGACCAGCUACACUAUCUAUUGUGUUUUCAUCAUAGCUCUGUCUCUCCAAGCCUUCAUAUAAUUGUUUUCUGUCCACUUAUGUUGUCUAUUUCAAUGCCUUUACCUGGUAUUAAUUACGAUUGAUGACUGACUGGAUGAAAAUAUUUAGCCCAACAUUUUCAUUAAUGAUUCUUCUAUAAUAUGUAAAUUCUACAUGGUCAGAUCCAACUAUACAUCUCAAGUAAGUUAAAAUAUGCGAUUAUAGGAGUUUGAUUGAAGAAGAUGAUGAGUCUGUUUUCUUAUCCUAUGUAUCACUUCUCCGAGCUUUCCUUUAUGGGCCUCUGUUCUCAUUUUCCUUUCCUUCCUUAUGAUGCACUUGCAGGGUCCAGGAUAGAGAAGCUUUUCUGUCACACUGAAGUGUGUAUCUUUUGGCUAUGGCCUGAAGUGGCAUGAGGACAACCUUGUGCUGGAGAUGAGUGUUGUGGUGGUCUGCACAUGGUUCACCAUGGACUAUCGCAACAGGAUGACUUCAUGUAAGGAACUUUGCAAGCCUGGUAAUCUGCAGAUCUACAAAAUUGUUUACUUCCACAUUCUCAGAAAUUGAUAGGCAAAACAAUGAUUUUAAAAGCACAUCUUUGAAACACUACUCAUUUUUUGAGGAUUUAUGAUUGACACCUUUGUUAGCCCACAUUGAAAUGGAAGUAUUUUGGGAGUCUUCAUCGGACUGAAGAGAGUCCUUGAACAAUUUCUUUUACUUUCUUUUCCAAACCUUAAAUGGUAAUCCUUGCUAAUUGUUUAACAGACUGCAUUUAUUUCUUUCCAUUUCCCAAAUUUGAUGAAUUUCACAGACUCGGAUUAAACUGGCUAGGAAGGAAUCUUGCUGCUGAUAAUAAAUGUCUGUGGCAGA